AUGCAAAUAGUUAAAGAAUUGAUUAAGGAAGCAAUUCAAAACCCAUUAAAAAGAAAUACUCAUAAUGGAGAAGAUGGAGAGACAUCUGAAAAGAAAAGUGACAAUAAAAGAUAUCGUGUUUCUGACAUUUUUGAAUUACCAGCAACUAGAUUAAUUGGUAAUGAUCAUUUUCCUGAAUACC